AUGUUAGACUGUGAUAGCAUCAGUAACUACCAUACUUGCGAGUGUAAGAGAUUACAUUUGGGUGGAAAACAGUGGAAGAUAAAAAACUGGCAGAGAGCUGCAGCAGUACAGUGUUUUGUGCCCUCCCAGCAGGAGGAGGAGGAGGGGGGCCGGUGCAGGUGGUGCAGCAGCUGCAGCAGCCGCCUGCGCUGCCCUUGCGGGGGAUGCCCCGGCCUGGACGCGGCGCGCGCCUUCAUGCUGGUGCUGGCGCUGUGCUCGUGCGCGAUGGCCGCCGCAGGGCUGGCGUCGCAGUUGGCACCCCUGCCGGACUUCCCCGGCGAGGCGCUGCUGAGCGUGGCCGUGGCCAAGGCGGCGCUCUACACGGCGCUCAACCUGCUGCGCCUGCUCAUGCGCCGCAUGCACUACGAGGAGCGCACCGUCGAGGACAUGCGCUUCGACUUCGCCACCGGCGAAGAUCAGCCGUACCAGCACUCCGUCGUCGCGCGGAAGUCGCUGCGGCCGGACAGCGUGAAGACGCGAGAGCUGUGGGCGCAGAUCGCGGACGACGUGCUGGGGGGCGUGCCCGCGGCGCUCGCCUUCGUCGCCUUCAACAGCCGACUGCUCGCCGGCCAGACGCUCUUGGCAGACUUCAACGACGCAACCAUCAUAGCGCUCGCCUCCAUCGGCAUCCUGUUCAAGGCGGUGAGACUGGUGAACGGGGUGGUGGGCGUGGUGCUGCGGAAGCGCGCCGGGGAGAUCUCGGUCGCCGGCAUCUGCGUGAACGCGGCGUGCUGCCUGGCGGACACGUGCGCGCUCGCCAACUUCGCCAUCUUCUUGCUGCGCGUGGCCGGUGUCUUCUCCAUCGACGCCGGCACGACCGCGUGGCUGCUGCCGGUCGUGCACGUGCCCGUGAUCGGCAAGCAGGCGCAGUACGUGAAGCCGCCGACCAAGAGCCGCAUCGGUGGACCCGCCUGGGCCGACCCCAACAGGAAGCCCACGGUGCUCGGGCCUCCGUAGCAGCCGCGGCACGCUACUCCAUAGUGAUAUGGACCGUCGGUCGAUACUGUAGCGCAGCGUAGCGGCAACGUGCUGAAGCACUGUGAACGCCAGCGCUCCUGGUGUCAAGUUUUCGUACUAUGAGGACUGGCGUAAUUAGACUGUUUAUACAAAAGUGCUCCAUCGAAGUUAUCUAAGCGCUCAAACUUAAUUCCAUAACUGUUCUACUAUUGUUAUAAUUCCCAGAUCAAUAGAGAUCAAACACCGCUGUAAAACAGCUGUAGUGUAUCCGUUGAAAAUUUUGGGAAUCCAUUAUGAGCUUAACAUUUCCUUUUUUGGCGAACUAGUCGCUUAGGACCACGCGAAAUCAGUGCUUGUCGCCCUUCCUUUCAGUUCAUUAUUCCUUCUUGAAAAACGAAUGAGUGUUUCCGUUCCUCCGUUCAUAUUAGCUGUUUGAUACUUCUCUCUUUUUCCUUCAAUACCCCAUGUUGUGGCACUUUCCUGAUUGCAAGUCUCUCAUGUAAAUUUUGCGAUCCUAAUUCCUUGAGAUCUUUAUCUGCUUGUACCACUUGGAUCUAGUAACAUUAUUUUUCAGAAAGUGUGGAGCUAAUGGGUUAGUCUGUUGGGCUCCAUUCUUCCUGUGUGUCCCAUGAGUUGAAUUCUUCGCAUACGCAUUGUAACCGUUAUUUAAUGAGUUGCGUGUAGAUAAUCUACUUUAUUUAUAAUCAAGUUUUUAUGAAUUUCCUACUGUGUUAUAACAUGUGAUUAUGAAUACGUCUUCCAGAUGCUUUAAAUAUAAAUUUUUACUGUACAUACAAAUCGAAAUCGCUUUCGGACUAAUUUCCUCUCAUAUCCUCGACGUCGUUUUCAUUUAGUUUUAUUUUAUAUUUUUAUAUUUUCGUUGGUUGCUGUUUCU